ACUACAUGAAAUGUCAUGUCAUCAGAAAAUAACAAAAGUAGUUUGAGCUAAAUUCUGAUUAAAGAAUUCAUAAAUUGCUAAGUCUGUGUGUAAAGCAUAGUUAUCAAAAUGUCGGCUAAAAAUCGUAAUACAGGGUAUUAUGAUUGGAAUACCAUUCCUCCUAAUACUAACACGGCGAAUUCAGCGUACAGUUAUGAUUUUGGCACACCUGAAUUUGGGGGACAACCUCAGUUUGGUCAGUUUGAUUAUGAUUCAUCUCAAACUACGCAGAUGCCACCAUCUGCUGUGCCUAAUCAAGGCCUUUACUAUCCAUCACCGUCUUAUUCUGGCAGCAUUUUGACGCCUGAAAUUGCAUCUCCAUUUGAUGGAAGCACACCGGAUACUUUCGAAGAUGAGCCUCCCCUUCUGGAAGAGCUCGGUAUUAAUUUUGAUCACAUUUGGCAGAAAACUAUUGCUGUAUUAAAUCCAUUCAAAGAACCAAAUGCUUCCAUUCUACAAGAAACAGAUUUAACCGGCCCAUUGGUCUUUUGCUUAUGUUUCGGUGCAUUUUUACUACUAAGUGGAAAAGUUCACUUCGGCUACAUCUACGGUAUUGGUGUAAUGGGUUGCAUUUCAAUGUAUUGUUUGCUUAAUUUAAUGAGCGAAUGUGGUGUUUCUGUUGGAUGCACUAUAAGCGUUCUUGGAUAUUGCCUGCUACCAAUGGUGGUAUUGUCUGGACUUUCGGUUUUAUCACUGAAAGGGACUGUGUGUACUAUAUUAACUGUCAUUGCUGUAUCCUGGUGUUCAUUUUCAGCUUCAAAGUUAUUUGUAACUGCACUAGCAAUGGAUCAUCAACAGCCACUAGUUGCAUAUCCUUGUGCUUUGCUUUAUGGCGUAUUUGCAUUGCUGACUAUAUUUUAACAUUUGAAAUUAUAAUGAAUAAAACCCAGACUGUAUUCCAAGAGCUUAGUUGUUGGAAUGAUCUCUCAGCUUUCUGCAGAUACGUAUCAAAUGUUUCAUCAAUUAAAUGAAACAUAUAUCAUAUUUGUGGUAAUGUAUUCUGAAAUUGCCCAUAUUUUUUUGUUAUUAUAAAUACAGAUGGAAUUUCUGAAAGUAUAUCAGACAUAUGUAAUCAUAUUUUUUUUUGUUAAAAUUUCUUAUGAAAACUAAAUUUUUCUAGUUUUCUCUAAUAUAAAUACUUAAUAUUUCAAAGAGAAUGUUAUGAUAAUACUGUUAUUCAACACUAUACAUUUUUGAGUGUAUGCAGUUGUGUCAGAAAUCAGAUUCUAUUAAGUCUUCACAAUUAUUAUAUUAUAAUUAGCUUAAAUGAAAAAUUAAGUACAUUAUUUGGUAAAAUCCUAGUAUACGGUGCAACCUUGGUGCAAUUUUGAAAAUUAUCGCCAAAACCAAACAUGAUCCAAAGAAUGUCUAUAUAUAUAUACUAUAUAAUGUAGUGUAUAUACACUAUAUACAUAGUAUAUACGAUGUAUAACUAUAUAUUUUCUUUGAAUGACCCGUUUACUACUCAUCGUAUAUGUCCCGUUUUUACUG